AGAGGAGAGGAUGGUAGAGUAGAGGAGAUGAUGGUAGAGUAGAGGAUGGUAGAGUAGAGGAGAAGAUGGUAGAGUAUAGGAUGGUAGAGUAGAGUAGAGGAUGGUAGAGUGGAGGAGAAGAUGGUAGAGUAGAGGAGAAGAUGGUAGAGUAGAGGAUGGUAGAGUAGAGGAGAGGAUGGUAGAGUAGAGGAGAAGAUGGUAGAGUAGAGGAUGGUAGAGUAGAGGAGAGGAUGGUAGAGUGGAGGAGAAGAUGGUAGAGUAGAGGAUGGUAGAGUAGAGGAGAAGAUGGUAGAGUAGAGGAUGGUAGAGUAGAGGAGAGGAUGGUAGAGUAGAGGAGAAGAUGGUAGAGUAGAGGAGAAGAUGGUAGAGUAGAGGAUGGUAGAGUAGAGGAGAGGAUGGUAGAGUAGAGGAGAAGAUGGUAGAGUAGAGGAUGGUAGAGUAGAGGAGAGGAUGGUAGAGUGGAGGAGAAGAUGGUAGAGUAGAGGAGAAGAUGGUAGAGUAGAGGAGAAGAUGGUAGCGUAGAGGAGAGGAUGGUAGAGUAGAGGAGAAGAUGGUAGAGUAGAGGAUGGUAGAGUAGAGGAGAGGAUGGUAGAGUAGAGGAGAAGAUGGUAGAGUAGAGGAUGGUAGAGUAGAGUAGAGGAUGGUAGAGUGGAGGAGAAGAUGGUAGAGUAGAGGAGAAGAUGGUAGAGUAGAGGAUGGUAGAGUAGAGGAGAGGAUGGUAGAGUAGAGGAGAAGAUGGUAGAGUAGAGGAUGGUAGAGUAGAGGAGAGGAUGGUAGAGUAGAGGAGAGGAUGGUAGAGUAGAGGAGAAGAUGGUAGAGUAGAGGAGAGGAUGGUAGAGUAGAGUAAAGGAUGGUAGAGUAGAGGAGAAGAUGGUAGAGUAGAGUAAAGGAUGGUAGGUUAGAGGAGAGGAUGGUAGAGUGGUAGGAUGCUACAGGUAAAAGAAACCAAAACGUUCCUGAUAGUAAUGAGAGGUAGAUUUGAGAUGACGACAGGUAAAAGAAACCAAAACGUUCCUGAUAGUAAUGAGAGGUAGAUUUGAGAUGACUACAGGUAAAAGAAACCAAAACGUUCCUGAUAGUAAUGAGAGGUAGAUUUGAGAUGACUACAGAUAAAAGAUAACAAAAAGAAGAGAGAGCUAAUAGAAAAUAAUCCCAUCAACUUCAGUGAGAUGCGGCUGAAACAUCCCAUUAGAUGUACCUCAUGGAUUACCUCUCUUUGUCUCUUCUUGCAUUGUGCAAAUUUCCACCCAACCUGUCUUUGCUCAUUUACAUUUUCUCUAUCAAACACAUAGGUUGUCGUUUUUCAGACAGACCAUUACUUCGAAUAGCAAAGGAAUUCUGUUAAAAGGUAACAGUUGCUGAGCCUGUAGAGUGAAAGUCAGCCGUGCAAAUGAGAAGGAGACGAUGAAAUCUUCUAAACCCAUUCAAAUGUUUGAUUUGUCUCUGAAAGAAAUCCAAACUGCUUCACCCUUUGGUCGAAUUCACCACUUCUGUUGCGGUGAAAGGAAAAGUGAAGUCCCUCAAGAAAGACUGACGUCUGAUGUGAAAUAAAUUGCAAUAUUUCAAAGGACGUGCUGACAUUACCAUAAUCUCUGCAUAAUAGUCGCUACACAGCAGGUAAUGUGAUAUUAUACUAAUUUUGACAUAAUGCAAAGCUGUGAUGUUGAACGUAUUCUGUAUGAGAGACAUACUGUGUCAGGCUCAGGUGUGAUGCCUUCCUCUGAAGAGGAAACCCAGUGAAUGAGCUGAGAUUUACGCUCCUCUCCUAUGUGUGUGAAAUACGUGCUUUUUGGGUUUCAAUGUGUCACAGUUCACACCUCUCCUCCUCUUCUGCCUUUUCGGCUUUUCUUAACAAACUGUCACAACCUCAGAGAUUCAUCACACUCUAGAGAGAGAGAAGGCCCCGAGAGCAUGCCCAGAAUCAGUUGUCCCAAAGCAAAUACAAGCCUCACCCAUUCUAGGCCCAAAGAAACAUCUGGCCUAAAACCAGUGCUUAAAACCACUUUCAGUCAACAUCAUUCAUCACAUGUUAAAUGUGUUUAGCUGGAAGGGGUCUCUGAUUGGACAGUGACAUUACUUCCCAUAAGAUUGGGCAGUAGCCUUGGUUAUCUGUCUCUGACCUUAGUGGGCGCCUGGCUGCUCUCUGCUACAUGAUUGGACAGUGACCUUACUGGUGCCAGAUUAAUGUUUUGUGAUUGGAACGUGACCUUCCUGGUUCCCGAGUCCAUGUUGGGUGUUUGAGCAGUGAAUUUUCUUGCAAUGCAGCCACCAUUUUGAGAUUGGACAGUGACCUCACACCGCUUACCUAUUCACUGUUGCUUGAUUGGACAGUGACCUUCCUGGUUGCCUUGUCUGUCUAUUGUGAUUGGACAGAGCACGUCCUUGGUUUUCCAGUCUCUGUAGUGUGAUUAGACAAAUACCUUCCCUGCUGUCCCGUCGCUGUAGUGUGAUUGGACAGUGACCUUCCUGGUUGACCGGUCUCUGUUGGUGUAUUGGUUGCCUAAGGUUAUUGAUUUAAAACAGGGCAGCAGUCAAUGGAAUGUCUGUGGGAGGUUUGUGUUCCAUUGUGGCUGUCUCGGUAUAGAGUGUUGUAUGGAGUAAGAGAUGAGUCUCUAUGUGUCUGAAGGGAUAUUUAUCAGUAAAUAAUGAGGCUCUGUAAAUAUUUUGCUUCUAGUAAAUUGCACAGCCAGACCUUGAUUACUAUUGUUGCUAUGUCACCAACACUGCCUCCUGCUCCAUUCCAUUCCUUUCUACUUACCUUUCAUCUCCUCCUCUCCCUCCUUUCAUCUAAUGUCCAUAUCGCUCCUUUCUCCCCUCUUUCUCAUACCAUCUCAUUCUCUUCACAGACACAUCCAUACACAUUCCCUUUCUCAUACCAUCUCAUUCUCUCUCACAGACACAUCCACCAUACACAUUCUCUUUCUCAUACCAUCUCCUUCUCUCUCACAGACAUACCCAUACACAUUCUCUUUCUCAUACCAUCUCAUUCUCUUCACAGACACAUCCAUACACAUUCUCUUUCUCAUACCAUCUCCUUCUCUCUCACAGACAUACCCAUACACAUUCCCUUUCUCAUACCAUCUCAUUCUCUCUCACAGACACAUCCAUACACAUUCCCUUUCUCAUACCAUCUCAUUCUCUUUCACAGACACAUCCAUACACAUUCUCUUUCUCAUACCAUCUCAUUCUCUCUCACAGACACAUCCAUACACAUUCUCUUUCUCAUACCAUCUCAUUCUCUCUCACAGACACAUCCAUACACAUUCUCUUUCUCAUACCAUCUCAUUCUCUCUCACAGACACAUCCAUACACAUUCUCUUUCUCAUACCAUCUCAUUCUCUCUCACAGACACAUCCAUACACAUUCUCUUUCUCAUACCAUCUCAUUCUCUUUCACAGACACAUCCAUACACAUUCUCUUUCUCAUACCAUCUCAUUCUCUCUCACAGACACAUCCAUACACAUUCUGUUUCUCAUACCAUCUCCUUCUCUCUCACAGACACAUCCAUACACAUUCUCUUUCUCAUACCAUCUCAUUCUCUCUCACAGACACAUCCAUACACAUUCUCUUUCUCAUACCAUCUCAUUCUCUCUCACAGACACAUCCAUACACAUUCUCUUUCUCAUACCAUCUCAUUCUCUCUCACAGACACAUCCAUACACAUUCUCUUUCUCAUACCAUCUCAUUCUCUCUCACAGACACAUCCAUACACAUUCUCUUUCUCUCCCCUCUCUUUUCCUGCCUCCCCCUGAUGUUCUUGCUGCCAUUUGAGAGGACCAGUUUGGUGCCAGACAGCCAUUCCUCAGAUUGAGAUAUGCUGGGUUUUAA